CGCGUAAGCGGCGAACCAUCCAGAAGGAAAGUUAGAAAAGAUGAUAGCUCCGACGCCGUUUUCUCUGUGCUGUGCAGUCCUUCUCUGCCUGCCUAUGGCGAUCGUUUUCACAAUCACCAACCCAACCGCCAUCACCAUAGUCACCACAACCCACAAUAACAGCAUCAAUUACCCAGCAACAACUUUCAUCCCGAUCGGUGACGAUAAGAAGAAAUACGACAACAAACACAAAGUCGUCGUAUCCCCCUCACCGCCACCGCCACCGCCACCGCCACCGCCGCCACCACUACCGGAAGACGACGAAUCCCUCUUCCGCCUUGCCGCCAGAACGAAUCGAAAACCAUGGCCCCAUGGCUCACCAAAGAAACUAGCCUUCAUGUUCCUGACCACAACGCCUCUCCCUUUUGCUCCGAUUUGGGAACUCUUCUUCAACCAAACCAAUACGAAGAAGAAUAAGCUCUUCAACAUCUACACCCACGCGGACCCAUCCUUCCAUUACGAUCCACCCUUCUCCGGGGUAUUCACCGGCCGGAUCAUCCACUCCAAACCGACCCAACGGUUUACUCCAUCGCUAGUUUCAGCGGCGCGUCGACUCCUUGCCCACGCCCUUCUCGACGAUCCAGCCAACGCCAUGUUCCCUCUUCUCUCAGCUUCUUGCAUCCCUCUCCACUCCUUCAAUUUCACUUACCAAACCCUAAUCCGUUCGAAGAAAAGCUUCAUCGAGAUCCUCAGCCACGAACCGGGCUCGUACGGUCGAUACGCCGCGCGUGGUGAAGAUGCCAUGCUCCCCGAAGUACAGUUCGAGGACUUCCGCAUCGGGUCUCAGUUCUUCGUCUUGACACGUCGACACGCGAGGCUUGUCGUGAAGGACGAGCGACUCUGGUCUAAGUUCAAGUUGCCGUGCGUUCAGUGGGACACAUGUUUCCCUGAGGAGAACUACUUCCCGACAUUGCUCAACAUGCAGGACCCGAAUGGGAUUGUACCCGCAACACUCACCCACGUUAAUUGGACGGGAAGAUCUGACGGUCACCCUCGCACUUACAAUGCUUCUUCUGAAGUGGGGCCCGAAUUGAUCCUCUCUCUCAGACAUGGUAGGCCGAGAUACGGUGAUGUUGGAGUCGUGAACGUUACCAAUUCCUCGACCCGGACCAAAGGAGAUGACCCGUUUCUGUUUGCACGGAAGUUCUCGCCGGAGUCUCUUCAGCCGUUGAUGAGAAUAGUUAAUGACGUCAUCUUCCGAGACUAAAUUAAGUGGCAAAUUUGUAAAUUUUGUGGAUUCAAAUACAAGGAAAGAAAAUAUAUAGAAGCUAAAAAAAAGAUCUCUUA